AUGGGAGUGAAGGGCUUAAACACAUUCAUUAAGACGCUGCACCCAACGAUCUUUAAACAAUUGCCCAAUCGUUUUGAAGCUCUCAGAGGGAAAAGGAUUGUAAUCGAUGCCACCCUCAUAACCCAGAGGUACCACUAUGCGAGGCGAAGCUACGAGUACCGUCAUAUUCAAGGGUGGUUUCGCCUAGCCCGAGACCUGGAGAGAGCCGGAGUUUCUGCAGUUUGCGUUUUCGACGGAAGCGAACGGAGUGAGGCCAAAGCUGAAGAGGUCCAACGCAGGCGCGACCAACGUCAGCUCAUUACAGAACGCUGGAAAAUGGAAAAUGCCCGAUAUGAACGACUUUGCCAAAUGAAAGGGGGUAUCAAACUUUUACAGCAUCUCAAUCCUUUGGAACGGACCGAGGUGUUUAAAUUUCUAGAUGAACCUUCGUUUGCUCGAAUCCGUGAUUUGAGUGCCCAAACGCCAGAACUUCCGAAAGAACAGGAUACAACAAGGAAGGACCAAGUAACAGAGCCAAGGGAACAGUCUAUAACGCCAAUUGCUCCCUCUACGCAGGAGAGUCCAGAGCAAGAAUCUGCUCCUUCGGCACCGCUCACACCUGCCUCAGAGGAGAGACCACUCAGCGAUACUCUCCCCAGUCCCAACGUGUCCUUGACCGAUGUGAUUUCUAUUUUCAAGACCCUGCAUAUUAGCUAUAACGCUGGACUUGCGAAGCUUACGACCAUUUCUGCCGAAUCCGAAGUUGAGCCCCAAACCAAACCCCUUCCGCCAGGAAAAGAGGCACCAGAUAUUUUAGAGGCAGCAGAAGCCACUGUAAUGACGAAAAGGCAGAGUGAGCUUUCUGAAGCGGAAGGGCAAUUAUGGGCUGAAAUAAUCCAGUCUCGCUAUUCUCCUACCUCGCAAGCAGAUGCAGGUUUUGAGCAACACAUCAACAAGCUAGUCCAUCAAAGCUAUGAGAUGUCCGAAUCAUUUGAUCGAAGAAAGUCGGCCCCGGACACCAAAAUCUAUGGCGAAUCUCAAGAGCUCCUGCAAGCUCUAGGUGUGCCUUGUAUUAUAACUACAGGAGGCAUCGAAGCAGAAGCUCUGGCGUCGUCGAUAGUUUUAGCAGGACAUGCUGACUACGUUGCAAGCGAAGACACGGAUGUAAUGAUUUACGAGGCAACCUUGCUUAAAAAUGUCACCCAACAUGAUUCACCCCUCAUCACAGUCUCCGGUAGCGAUAUGCGUGAGUCGUUGGAUCUCACUCGCUCGCAGUUCCUCGACUUUACCCUGCUACUUGGCACUGAUUUUACCUACCGCAUUGGACAACUCGGGCCUGUUAAUGCAUAUAAACUAAUCAAAGCUCACGGAUCUAUUGAACGUAUCAUCGAGAACAUCUCUGACAACCCAAAAUUCAAAAUUCCCGCGACAUGGGACACUUACCUCAAGCAGGUUAAUGCGGCGCGACUCGUCUUCCAGACGUUACCCCCUAUACCAUCCCCCGAAUUUCUCAAGCCAAAACAGAAGGAUGACAAGCUGCUCGCGGACAUUCUGAAGAAAUAUGGUCUGGCCUUCUUCUUGAUGAGGGACGAUGCGUGGGAUUACGAGCUCGCGAGUGCUACCACUGUGGGCGGGAAUUAUUUUGGAGACGAUCCAUCGACUUGGCGAUGA